CAACCACUGUGCCAUAAAUACCCCUCCGCUCCCCUCUCUGCCGUUUCUCCUCUCUUCUUCCUUCUUCCCCUUCACCGGCCGCCUCCCGGCUUCCUCGCACCCCCUCUCUCUUCUCUCUCUCCUCUCCACCCGAACCCUAAAGUCCUAAACCCACGCAGCAGGCGCGGUCCUCCGCCUGUCGCAUGCGCGCUGCUUCGUAGAAUAGGAACGCCGGCGAUCGCCGGAGCUGGGGAGCCGCGGUGGCCCUGUGCGCCGGAGACGGCCGCAGGAAGAUGGGUGCGGGCGGGAAGGGGUGGCUGGAGACGGCUAGGCGCGGGGUGAGGACAGCGUGGUUCAUGGUCGUGAUGGUGGCGUCGCUGCUCGUCGCGUCGGCGCCCGUGGUGGUGGCCGCCGGCGACGUCGCCGUGGCGCUCUGGCUCGAGGUGCGCCUCGGGUGCCUCAGCUGCCGCGGCCUUCGGGACCACUUCGAGCGGUACGGCUUCCGGAGCUCGCUCGUCGACAUACCGCUCGUCUCCGUGGUUCGGUCCCUCGUCAUCACCUGUGUAUACCUUGUGUGUGAUACUUCAGGUCUCUCUCAUGGUCCCUACCUUGGAACGACUACUUUCUGUUCCUCGGCUUCGCUGCUCAUCUUGCUGUUGAAGGCCUGCGUUUACAGUCCGGCACAGGACAUUGGGCCUGAGCUCUCGCCGUCAUUGGCGGAUCACAAGCUAAAUAUGAAGAAGCUAUGGGGAAUGCCUGUGCUUUUUCUGUCUUCCUUGGUCUUUGCUCUGGGUCAUGUUGUUGUUGCUUACAGAACAAGCUGCAGGGCUCGACGGAAGCUGCUUAUCCAUCGCAUUGACCCUGAAUCGAUUCUGGCAUACAAGAAUGCGUUUCCUGGAUGCUACAAGGUCCCUCGAUCGCCCACUCCACACAGCGGAAAACUUUAUUCAAGGAGCGAAAGCGAAACAAAGAGAAAAACUGUUGUCCACGAUGAUCGGAAUAUCCCAAUCAGUUUUCUCGCUGAUAGUGAAAGCAUGUUCAUUGCUUGCCAGGGGAUCACUGUACAUUACAAAAUGUCUGAUCCAUCAAGUUGUGUAUCUCCACCUCCUGAGUCAUUUCCAGAAAUCAAACAUGACGUAUUUUCGUCAAGCAUUUCUCCUAGAAGACAGAGGCAUGAGAGCCCACCAUCAGCUUCCUCUAGUACCCGGCGUCUUUUGAAUAGGAGCUUUAGUCACCAGUAUCACCAAACAUCUCUAUAUGCACCACUGUUGGCAGAACCAGUGACCUCUCCAACUUUGUCAGAUGAUAUUCCCCUUCUGAGUCUUGAUGAUGGGAGCUUAGCGUCGUGUUUGAAACCUGUGGGUUUUGAUCUUGAGGCUGGAGAGCGAGGGAAAUUUGCUGUUGUUUUGGUGCAUGGGUUUGGAGGGGGAGUAUUCUCGUGGAGACAUGUUUCUAAUUUGCUUGCUCGACAAGUGGGUUGCAUGGUCCUGGCUUUUGAUCGCCCUGGAUGGGGUUUAACAUCUCGACCUCGCAGAAAGGACUGGGAAGAUAAGAAUCUGCCAAAUCCAUACGAGCUGGAGUCACAGGUUGAUCUUCUCAUUUCAUUUUGCUCUGACAUGGGCUUGCGCUCUGUGGUUUUAGUUGGUCAUGAUGAUGGUGGCUUGCUUGCCCUGAGAACUGCAGAAAAGUUGCGUGUGGCUGGAGAUUCAAGAAAGGUUGAAGUGAAGGGAGUUGUCCUUAUAGGUGUAAGCUUAUCAAGAGAAGUCAUUCCUGCAUUUGCUCGUAUACUGCUGCAUACCCCUCUGAGGAAAAAGCAUAUGGUCCGCCCACUUCUACGUACUGAAAUCACUCAGGUCAUCAAUCGACGGGCAUGGUUUGAUGCCACUAAGUUGACAACAGAUAUUCUGAACCUCUACAAGGCGCCACUAUUUGUCGAGGGCUGGGAUGAAGCACUUCAUGAAGUCGGCCGUCUUUCAUUUUCUACCGUCCUACCACCAAAAAGAGCAGGAGAAUUACUGAAAUCAGUGGAAGACCUCCCUGUUCUGGUGGUAGCAGGUUCUGAGGAUGUCCUUGUUUCUCUGAAGUCAGCGCAAAUUAUGGCUUCAAAACUUGUAAAUUCUAGGCUAGUAACUAUAUCCGAAUGCGGACAUUUGCCACAUGAGGAGUGUGCCAAGGCGUUGCUCUCAGCUCUUUCUCCAUUCAUCUCAAGAUUGGUAUCAUCAGAUGAUUCAUUGCAAAGACUGUAGCAAUCUGCCCAUCUUUCUUUUUGAGUUUUGCGUUCUUCUGCUGCUCUCUACACUAAGUAGAUUACCUGUAGUUGGUGUGAGUGUGUGAGCCAAUGGUAGUUGCAAAGUAGUGGAGCCUGACCCAAAAUCUCAAGGGUCCUAGAGCUCCCCUAAUUAUUUUUGUCACAUGUAAUGGUGUUCCCAAAUUAUUUCAAUUAAGCAAGUUGAAUCUGUACAGCACAUGCUUGCUGUGUUCUAGUUGA